AUGUCCGUCACCAAUCAACUCCCUCAAACGACCUAUACGCUCAACAUAACGUCCAGAGGUCAGCUCAACGCUAUGUCCUUCGAGGAGUUGUCCAAAUACAGAAAGGAGCUCGACGAAGACCUCUCCUUUCUAUUCAGCUACCUUAAAAACACCCUCCACGCAGAUAUGGAUACGCCGUUGCUCUCCGGCGACGGGUUCCCCCGGUCCGACAUAGACAUCGUGCAAGUCCGUUUGUGUCGGGUGAAGAUCAUUAAGUUGCAGAACGACUACAAGUGGAUCUCGGAAACUCUGCUCGACAAAAUGCAACAGCAGUUGGCAAAAAAUGACUAG